AUGUGCGUGACCGAGAGCCGCAUGGUCCGAGGAGAGAUGUCGUCUACGCUUGGCCUCCUACUACCACUCAAGCCUUACGCCAAAUAUCUUCCGGAUCCGUUCUUUAGCAAAGGUCUUCAAUCUAUGCGACCGAAAAUGCAGGAGCCAAUGCCAAGUCACAACAUGGCAUUUUGGAUAUGCUGGUUAAUGCCAAGGACAGAAAUGGCAAUCCGAUGUUCUGAUACCGUAUCCAAUCCUGCCUGUGCGAUCUUUUACUGGGUUCAGCAUGGCGAGAGAGCAGCGCCAGGCACAAUGUUACGUCUCUUGCAAGCUGAACUUGACGCCGCCAUUCCCGCUGAUGCAGAUCUUGCCACGGAUGCUCAAGCUAUGCGUUUGCACUCCACAUCUGCGAUCGGUCUACCGCGAUUGGUGACAUCGGAGGGAGGCGUACAAAAUAAUGGAGAGCUCUUUCCUCGAAGUUCAGUCCUUUCUGUCCCAAGCCAUACCAUCCACCACGAUGCGGAGACCCGAAGUCUUACUGCCAGGCAAAGAAUCUGCUUUAAUCCAUUCUCAUUUGGGCCGAGAGCUUCCGUAGGCCAGAACGUGGCUCAUAUGGAGCUGGCAUUGAUCGUUGGAACCGCGUUCCAUCGUUUCGAGUUCGAGCUGUAUCAGGAGGUGUUGGAGUCGCAUGAGGGUUUCUCGAAAAGCCUGAUGAAUGCUGUUUGGGCAUUUGAGGACGGAGAGCGGCGACUUAAGUAUAGUAUACAUUGUCUGUCAUACAGUCGCCUGACUAAUCCAGCCGGCACAUUGUCCCCUUCCUUGCUGCCUCUUUCCAACACAACACAAAACAACUCACUGCAACUUGCAGAGAAUAGUAUAUUCAGUAAACGCUUAGAGCUGGAAUCUCGUUCUCUGAUCACUACCUUCCCGACAGCGCUAUACCGCAAGAAAUUUUCUAGAAGGAAAGGAAAUUCUAUAAACAUAACUCAAGAGACAACUAACGCCUUUUCUCGAGAAUCCUCAUCGGAGCGCAAGCAAUCUCAAUUAUAUAUCGACAGCCUUCAAGCGCAGCAUCAAAGCCCGAGAACGACAAAAACACACGACCCUUGCUGA